GUAUGAAUCAAUAGGUAAUAUUGAAAUACCACAUUAUUAACCAAAUCACUAUCUUCUAUUGACAGAGAAAAUUUACAAUCUAUCAGUUGUACAUUUCAGCUAGAACCAUGGCUUCAUCCACUUUCAAAAAUCUUUUGACCCUGAAGGAAAUGCCAUUUCCUUCUUUAUUGAUUCUUACUGAUGCACCAAAUGCUGUUUCUGCUGAAAAUGUUAUGCAAAUUUUACUGGACAAAUUCUUGGCUCAAACCAACUUUUCAGUUCAUUUUGUUCAAGCAAAUCCUUUUACACAUAAAUUUUCAUUUUCUGACCAAGUUUGUCUCUACACCCAAUCCUUCAAUGCAUAUGGGGAGGAUGAAACUGCUUUGGAUAAAUUCAUUACAUUCUUCAGGUCAAGCUGUCAGAUAAAGUCAGCUCCCUCGAUACCUCGUUUAACUCACCUUGCUGCCAAGACUCCACUGCUUUCUACUGCUGCACCUCUUGGCCUUGAAAAUUUGAAAAAUUGCAUAGAUUCUAAAGUGAAAACCCAUGAAGAUGAUAACAAAAAGACAGUUCUCAUGAUUGACAGGGCUGAAGAUGUCUUGCUUCACACAACUGUUCGUCAUCUUCUCUCUUUGUGCAAAGAAAUUGCAGCAGCCGGUAGCAUCGUGGUGCUGGCAUGCAGUUCCUCUCUCAUCUCUGCAAACGCAAUGAAGAAUUUGAGACAUUCUGCAUCUGCAAUUGUUGAUCUCAGCCCUGCUGAGGCGGUUCAGACUCCUCAAUGGCAAGGCAUUGCUGACGUUUUAAUUCGUCGAUCAACUGGGAAAAUCAUAAAAACGCGCGAAUAUUACUGUAUCAACUCGAAGACUUCUGUGAUAUUAACGGCAAUUGCACCUCCAAGACUGAAUGAUGACUAUUCUUUUAUAAACACAUUAGAGACUCCAACCAAAUUGGCUGGCAUCAGCGUUGGUGACCGCUUCAAAACUCCCCACGGAGACAGCAGUCAAGUUUCUUCUCAUCGUGAAUCUAAUGUAAAAAGUUUCCCGCAUAUCCCUGCUAAUAAAACCAUACAGCAGAAAGCUGCAACGCACUCAACGGAAGUUCAGAGCAAAGACGAUUCAGCCAUAAACGUUCUGGCUUCUCAGACGACUUUCAACUUAAAACUCUCUGAUCACGAAAGAACAGUGAAGAAUAAUUUGGUGCUACCUCAUCAAAGAGUUGUACUGUCCGGUAUGGAAGGGAUGGUGCAUUAUACUCCUGACUCCGAGGACUGGGACGAUGAGGAUCCCGACGACGAUCUCGAUAUUUGAUCAAAUAUAAUCUACCUUAAAAGG